CUACGGGUGUAUGGGAAACCAAACCAAAGUUCUUCUUUAUGCAAAGAUUCUUUACAGUAGCUAGUAGCUACCUCCAAUAAUGCAAUAUCCGACAUUGUGAUCGAUAAGGCCGAAAGGUGUACCCUACCAUGUGAGUGGUACUUUUCCUUUUGCUAUUAUGAUUAUCGCGGCCCCAACUAGUCACUUUCGCCAUAGCUAGCUUACAGAGGGAAUCUAUCUGUUUUUCCAUUGUUCAAAGAUAUUGUGAUCUUACUGGGCUCCUCAACUUUGGAAGCAAAUCAUCGGUAUCCAAUUUUCACUGUUUCCUAAGCCAGAAUUUCACAUCUUUCCUUCCACACAAAACCUAUCCUAAGCUUAACAGAAAUGCGUACUUGUUCUUCAUCUUGUUGCCUCGUAUCUGCGUCUUUUAGAAAUCCCCGGAUCAAGUGCAGCUCAUUCUGUGCAAGCUCAAUUUGGUUGCCGACUCCACACAAGAAUUUGCUAAAUUGAUGAGCUCUCCGAGGGGCUUGAUCCCUUCGGUCACAAUUGCGACAACACCUUCAGCCAUAAUUCCGAUCUUUGACAAAAGAGAACAACAGAACCAGCAGCGUCUGUGUGGUAUGAACAUUGGCCUAAAGCCAAAGGAUCAAAAAGGAAAAGAAAGCCCAACGAAAAGCAAAGCUAAAGCAACCAAAGCACCACCACCAUUCCAAGCAAAGUUAUAUUCCAAAGAAAUCAUCAGGAGGUAUGAGGAUAGCAGGACGGGGAUACAUAGACAGGGAUAUCACACACAUCCAAACUUAUUGUCAAAUUAUUCCGGCAGUAAAUGACUACUGUCAAGUGUAAAACACUACAACCUAAUGGUAAUGAUUAUAUAAAUCUUCAAUAUAUAUUUCUAGAAUGGAGUUAUAAAGUCAUGCAUAUAUACAUUAUUGAAAAGACUCACGUCACAUACUUCUACUGAACUCUCAACUUAACCUUUUGGUAUUUCUGAAUCAGAAAUAAAUUUAAAAACUGUAAAAAU